UGUGUGUAUGUGUUUGUCUGUGUGUGUGAUGCUCAGCCUGUAUCAUGCACUUUCCCAGUGUCGCUGCUUUUGUAAGGAUUGGGAGCAGCUCAUAUUAAUGAACUCAGGGAGGAGAGAGAGAAGAAGCGUGUGAACUGACUGCUGCUUCCCUCCCCACUCUGCCCAGAUCUCUCCUUCUCCUGUGUAUUUCCUCUUUAUUCUCCUACUCUGGACACUGGGACUGAUUAAUUAAUCAUGCUACGGCUGCUGUUAAUGUAUUUAUGUGGAGCAGAGAGUGCCACAGGCUUCAACGUUAAGGUAGUGGGUGAGAGUGAAUGAGCUCCCUAAAAAUUUUUGGUUCUUCUGCACCUGAUCUGGUCUCUUGUCUGGGAUGCAGGGAGACACUUUCUGAGCUCAGCUUUGCUCCAUUUCCAUGGCUCUGUCAGAGAUGUUUCUGGAAAAAAAACUCAGUCUUCUGAUCGUCUCAUCAACAUUCCUUAGAUCACAGAUGCACCGUUAUUCAUUAGUCAAACCCAGCAGUUUUUGGAAAUAACUGCUCCAUUUCUUUCUACAUGGCCUUUCUACAUGUCUUCGUUCUUCUUCUACUGACUCAAGGUCAGGCUUUCCCAAUCGAGUACACCUUGCUUAAGAAUGCUUCCACAUUAGAGGCAGCAUACCUAGAAAUAGGAGAAUUCAGCAAUACAAGUGAACAAUACUCUGCACAAGCCCAUCCUUUAGGUACAAGUCGUCAAAUACCCCAAACAAUAAUUGUAGGAGUCCGAAAAGGAGGGACCAGAGCUUUACUUGAGAUGUUGGACAUCCAUCCUAACAUUGUGGUAGCUGCAACUGAAGUCCAUUUCUUUGACUGGGAUGAAAACUAUGUGAAAGGAAUUGAAUGGUACAGGAGUUUAAUGCCAUUCUCCUAUGAAAAUCAAAUUACCAUUGAGAAGACACCAGGCUAUUUUACUGCACCACAAACACCAGAAAGGAUACAUGAGAUGAACAGUUCUAUUAAGCUUCUUCUGAUUCUGAGAGAUCCCACUGAGAGGGUUAUUUCAGACUAUACCCAAGUAUAUUAUAAUAGACUGGAAAAUCACAAGCCUGUGCAGGCAUUUGAGGACAUAGUCAUUAAAAAUGGUGCCCUUAAUACCAAAUAUAAAGCCAUCCAGAGAAGCUUAUAUGAUCUGCAUAUGGAGAGAUGGCUCAAAUUUUUUACGCUGGAUCAGAUUCAUAUAGUGGAUGGCAAUAACUUAAUCAAGAGUCCACUUACAGAAUUACAGAAGGUUGAGAGAUUUUUGAACCUUCCUCCGAGAAUCGUAUCUUCAAACUUCUAUUUUAAUCAGACUAAGGGAUUUUACUGCAUUCGAAGUGAUGGGAGAGAGAGAUGUUUGCACGAGUCGAAAGGUCGUCCUCAUCCAGUGGUCAAUGAAACUGUCCUAGAACAACUUUACUUGUACUUCAGAGAACAUAACAGAAAAUUUUACAAAAUGGUCAAUCAGUCAUUCGACUGGCACUGAUGUUUGUGAUACUGCAGGAUUUAAUAUAUUAAACUAGCUUAAAAAUGCUAUGAUUUCCAUUUAGAGAAGAAAAAAAAUGUGUUCACAACGUUUUCAAGAAUUGUUGACGAACAGAUUAUUUGAUGAAAGGCAUUUAUGGGUCCACUUAGUUUUAUGAAGUCACACUCCUGCAUUUAAAAAUGACCAUGACAAAGAAACACAAAUUUUAGACAAUUGUACAUAUAUUAAACCAACUCAUUAACUUGAUCAAUUUCCUUUGAUACGUCUUGUGUAUUAAAAAAAAAAAAUAAUAAUAAUAAUACGGGCCUUGAUAUUGGCAUUAUCUUUGCUACAAUAAAAAGGUUUCAUAUAUGAAAACAUAAAAUAGAUGGAAAUUGUAAAAAGAUUAAUUUUGCACAAUUAUUGAUUAUGUUCUGUGUAAUGGUGUAUAUUUACUAAACAGUGAAUUGGGGUAAGUAUUUUUCAAAAUGUAGGCUAACAUUGCAGAGGUGAAAAAAAAAAUAUCCCACUUAUCUAUAGCCUCAACUUAGCUAUUUGGGUGUAAAAUUAUCAAACUAAAUUAUUGAUACAUCGCAAUUCUUUGUUUAGUUAAUAACCAUUUUGUCUUUAAAAAUUAAAAAAGAAGUCACUAGUUUUUGUUGCAUUCCUUUAAAUGACUAAAUGUUUUCAGUACAGAUAUUCUGAUUAAGUAAUAAAAUGUGAAAUAAUUUUGUAAAGAAUACAUGUAU